AUGAUGGCGGGGCUUGGACCUCCAUUGCCACCCCGAAUAGAAAGUACCGGCAAGGUAGCAACAUGGCGUGAAUCAUUGGCUGCAUUGCUCUGCUUACUGUUGGUACUGACAGUAUUAAUAUCAAGUUUAUGCCUGUUUGUACAUCUUUGGAGAGAAAAGAAUCUAUAUGAUGAAUUGGUGAUUUAUUUACAAAAAACUGAAGCAAUCAGUAAGAUUAAUUACAACAAUCCGAUACGGCAAUUCCACCUGGAAGAGCAAGAUUUGGAAGCACUUGGAACGCACAGAACUUAUAAAACUAUACUAUGGACUUUCUUUUUUGCUGAUUUGGGCUGCUUGGUAUUAUUAGCGUUAUCGUUACUUCUGUACUUUACUGUUGAUGUCAGUAAGGGAAAAGCAUUUACAGCUUUUUGGGUUCUUUUUGGGAUUACAUUUUUUUAUUGUAUUGCCGAAAUUCACAUCUUCUCUUUUGCACUGUUUCCGUAUUCGACAUCAUUGGCUGCAAAUGCUAAAAAAUUAUUGACCGAAGCCUUACCGCAUAAUCCGCAAGGUGUGGACCCAAUUGAACAUCAGCUACGAUGUACUUUCGAUGUCAGAGCCGAACCUCAGUUCAGAAGGAAUACUUGCGAAUCUGCAGUAACAUCAACGUUUGUUUCAAAGCGCCUUCUGUGGGGUUUGAUGGCACUUCGUUUGAUUCCAAUCGUGCUGUUUAUUAUGCUCAUUGCAAGGAAAUUUUCUGUCAGUUCAACGUUAGCCUCAUUUGUUGAACGGAUGAAACCGUUCUUGAGAGAAUCGGAAUCAAGAGCUGCUAUUUGCAGGCCAAAUGUUGCUACUCCUUUGCCGCCAAUACCAUCGCCAGGUACGGUGGAUCAUAGUAUCAGCUACAAUAAUGCAGCAUAUUUUGCAACUGCCGGAGCCUCACAACCCGGAAGCAGCGAAAUUUCACGGUGUGAUGCCAUUGAUCUAUAUAAACCAGUUGUGCAUACCAGCAGCAGUAUAAUGUCUGAAGUUUGA